AUGGCUUACCGGCGUCCCAGCACUCCCUGCUGCACUUUCAUCAGCGCUCGCCAUGGCGCUCUGGCUUGUCGCUUUCAAUGCUGCCUCGUCGUGCCACGCGCAACGGAUCAAUCCUUCACAAGCCGCGUUUCUCAAAGACAGCCAGACGGCAUGGCAAACGAGGUUACCGGGGUGGGCGGUGGGAGUCAAGUGCAUCGACGCACCGCAUCCAUCCCAUCUUAA